UCGGUGAUGACAUCUGCCGGAACAACUGUGAAUCUGGUUAGCCAGCACUUUCCUUAGUUUAACACCGUCGAUUCGCCGGGCAAGAGUUCCCAGUUUCCCAGGUCUAUAGAGGAAGUGUCUCUCUCACAGAAGGUGGGCCUGUCAUUCCCAACUACAGAGACUCAUGGCAUACUAAGAAAGGAGGAAGUAACAGCUGAUACUCAAGACCGUAAGAACUGAACAAAGAACAUGACAUCUGAAUAAAACCCCCAACACCUGGAGAAACACUGAUGCCUUUGCCUGAAUAAGAAUUGUGACACUAACAUGUACAAAAGGCAGCUAAUUCAAGCUACAGUAGCCAUGGCCAUAUAUAAGCAGAAAAGAGUUCUUUCAUUGAUAUUAGGACUUCUCUGCCUUGCCUAUGUCUUCCUCCUCGACCACUCAGACAGACAGCAAUGGGUUCUCAAAAAGAUGGCCGACGGUCGUCAGCCUACAAAGCUAGAGGAUCCCCUCCAGUACCCUUCAGAGACUGACUGCUAUCCUUAUUUUAGAGAGCUGCAUGUUCAGCCUGUUCCACAGUACGAUUGUGACAAGCCUUACGUCUCUAUCACCAUUGGAAAGUAUCUGGGCAACAAGAUGUGUCAGUACGCCAGCCUGUACCUCUUGCGUCAUCUGUUUGGAGUCCGGGUGUCCAUACUCAAUGAUAUGUACACAACCCUUGACAAAAUCUUCAAGAACAUCACUUUGCCGAUCAAGAAACUAGGCUGUUUCAAACACAAACCAAAGGAAAUCACCUACUUGGAACUGUACGACAAGUUGUACAGGACUGCGGCUCAGGUCCGGAGCAACACCUCCUCCAAUCUAAUCACUGAGCCUCUGUUGAAAACUUCCUACCACAUCAAAGACUACCCUGGACCACGAGACCUCUUUCUGGAACACCGAAAACUGAUUCAGUCCCUGUUUAAGUUCCGAGAUAAGGUCCUGGAAAAUGCCACACGGAAUAUCAACAACGCUCUUAAGAGUUUCAAUGCGACGUAUCACCAAAGGGACUUCCCAAUUGUCACUGUUCAUGUCAGACGGACGGACUACACAAGGCACUUGAAGAACCGGAUGAAUCUAACCCAACUGGACAAACUCUACUACAACAACGCCUUUGAGUUCUACAAGAAACGGUUGAAGCGCCCUCUGUUUCUGGUGGUAAGUGACGACCCAGAAUGGUGCAGGGAAAUGCUACAGGCAGAGGACGUGCUAAUCAUUGCUUCGGAGGUCAAACAAGAAGACAUGGCGGCGAUGAGCUUAGGAGAUCAUCAUAUUAUAAGCUACGGGACCUUCAGCUUCACGGGAGCCUUGCUGGGGAAUGGCAACAUAACACACCCGCUCACCACCAACCCUCGCUACCGUCUUGUGAAGUGUGUCAAGUCCCCAGUCUUUUACAAUGUUGAUAGGGGUGACAAUCAGCAAUAUAGUGAAUGAAGGCAAUUUUGUUGUUUAUUUGCUUCUACUUUGAUGUUUUUUCUUAUCAUUCUUUACUUGAUUCUAACUUUUAUUAAUAUUUUUUAUCAAGUUUUUGUCCUGUCUCUUCUGCUUAUUUUAUACUCUUGUUUGUAAAUAUUUUCUAUAUUGAUUCUUUUUCUUUUAGCUUGCUUCCAACAAAGCUAUAUAUCUUUGUAGGAGACAUUACCAUUCAUGUCUCUACUUUUUAAAAUU